GAACGCACGGUUAGGCUAAACGUUAAACGGCUUGCCAUACAUGCUGUGUCAUCUACCCCACGUGCAGUCCCCUGUAAUUCCAUUAUGCGUGGUCUGUCUAGUUUUUUAAAAACCUCUCGCGGAUAUUAUUGUCGACGUUCAUAUGGAGUACUCACCGGACAGCAGCACACAAGCUCAGAUUCAAAGCAGUAUGAUGGAAGGUUGUAUCCAAGUCAUAUCCCAACAAGUUCUGUUCAGAAGGCUGUUUUGGCUUUAGGUUCUGGUGUCGUUGCUCUGAAGAACCCCUACAGACAUGAUAUGGUUGCGGUGCUUGGGGAAACCACAGGGCACCAGGCCCUGAUCAAGUUAAGGAAUCGGAUGAGAAAUGACCCAGAGGGUUGCACUAUUCUCAAAGAGCGUCCAAGAAUCCGUCUGUCUACUUUAGACCUCACUCGAAUGUCUGCUUUGCCAGAUGGGACUUUAGGAAGAGAGUAUCUCCAUUUCCUAGAAGAAAAUAGAGUCACCCCUGACUCAAGAGCUGAUGUAAAAUUUGUAGACGAUGAGGAGCUAGCGUAUGUCAUGCAACGAUAUCGUGAGGUCCAUGACCUCUUGCAUACCUUGCUUAAUAUGCCCACCAAUAUGCUAGGUGAGGUUGUAGUGAAAUUGUUUGAAGCUGCACAGACUGGUCUGCCCAUGUGUUUUCUGGGUGCAAUGCUUGGACCCCUCCGUCUGUCUGUCAGGCGAGGACACGUUGGGCACCGAAUGAAGCUCGAGCUCGAGGCCGUGGGAAAGCAGAUUUGCGACCUGGAGGCCCGGUGCACCCAGGACGUGAUCCCAGAUGUCCUUCACUCCGGCGCCGGGACACCAUGGACCCUGGGUGCAUCCACAGUGGAGGACGCGAGCCAGGCCCCGGGCGAUGACUUCUCCCCCUCCGGUCUUCGAGAUCUCCACACCGAACCGCUUCGUUCCCCUCCGUGAGACAAGAUGCGACGCUGUGAUCAUUGGAGACUCCAUCGUCCGGACCACUGCCCACGUAUCGACGAGGACACGGAAAGUUCAGUAGACUUGUUGCUUUAAAUGAAUGGUUGUUGUCAUGGUGUAAAGAACAGAAACUGCUAUUUGUU